AAAAAGACCAUGCAGGCCUGGGUACUGCGUACAAGGCAAAUGUUACUAGCUGAGACAGGAAAAGAGCAGCUGUGCACCAUUCUUGGACACAAAGUCCUCAAGAGUCACGAGGUUAAUGCACGAUCUAUUUUUUCCAUGCCUGGUUUUGCUGACUACACGCUCAGUCAACGAUAAUAAUCAGAAUAAAAGUCUUCUCGUAGAGUUAGACCUGUUUUAUGCUAAUCUAUGGCAAGGAAAAGCAAGUCAAAUGUGUCAGAGUUGUAUUUAGAAGAAAACAAGGAUCAGAUAUAUGAAAAUGCUCUUGCUGAGAUCCAGUCCUUUGAGCUGCCUCUUGGUACCACGCUAAGAUCUGUAUAUGAUGACCAACCAAAUGCCCACCAGAGGUUUAUGGAAAAACUAGAUGCCUGCAUACGUAACCAUGACAGGGAGAUAGAAAAGAUGUGCAAUUUUCACCAUCAGGGCUUUGUGGAUGCUAUUACGGAACUUCUUAAGGUUAGGGCUAAUGCAGAAAAGCUAAAGGUCCAAGUUACUGAUACCAACCGAAGGCUUCAGGAUUCGGGAAAAGAGGUGAUAGCCCAAACAGAGGAGAUUAUCCGAUGCAGAGUCCAGCAGCGGAAUAUUACAACAGUCGUUGAAAAACUACAGCUGUGCCUUCCAGUGCUGGAAAUGUACAGUAAACUAAAAGAACAGAUGAAUGUAAAAAGAUAUUAUUCUGCUUUAAAAACAAUGGAACAGCUAGAAAAUCUGUAUCUUCCUAGAGUUAGCCAAUACCGUUUUUGCCAGAUAAUGAUAGAAAAUCUUCCAAAACUGCGUGAAGAAAUAAAAGAAAUUUCCAUGUCAGAUCUCAAGGAUUUCUUAGAGAGCAUUCGAAAGCAUUCUGAUAAAAUUGGUGAAACUGCAAUGAAGCAGGCGCAGCAGCAGAAAACCUUUAGUACCACUCUUCAGAAGCAGAAUAAUGUAAAUUAUGGUCGGAAUACGCAUUUAGGUAAAAACAGAGUUUGGCAAUCAAAGAAUGAAAUUACACUGAAGAGGACAUUUGAGGAAGAAGAUGAGCAUGAGGAAGAGGUUUUAACUGUUCAAGAUCUUGUAGACUUUUCUCCUGUCUAUAGGUGUUUGCACAUCUACUCAGUUUUGGGUGAUGGAGAAAUAUUUGAAACUUACUACAGAAAGCAAAGAAGGAAACAAGCAAGAUUAGUUCUGCAGCCGCAAUCAAGCAUGCAUGAAACAGUAGAAGGCUAUAGAAGAUACUUCAGUCAAAUUGUAGGUUUCUUUGUAGUGGAAGACCACAUCUUACAUGUGACCCAAGGAUUGGUAACUAGAACAUAUACUGAUGAAUUGUGGAACAUGGCCCUUUCAAAGAUCAUUGCUGUCCUUAGAACCCAUUCAUCAUAUUGCAGUGAUCCUGACCUUGUUUUGGAACUGAAGAAUCUCAUUGUAGUGUUUGCUGAUACUUUACAGGGUUAUGGUUUUCCUGUCAAUCGAUUAUUUGAUCUUUUAUUUGAGAUAAGAGACCAGUACAAUGAAACAUUGCUCAAAAAGUGGUCUGGAUUGUUCAGGUUAGUGUUUCAAAAUAAUU